CCUGCAGUGGCCACUGCCAGCCUGUGAUCUCUGCUGCCAGACAGAGACCAUCAUCCUUCAGCUGAGCUGCUCCUGGAUUUCCCUAUAGAAGAUGGACUCAGUUAAUGUCUCUUUGGUGGCUGAUUCAUUCUGUGGCCACUGCCAGCCUGUGAUCUCUGCUGCCAGACACAGUCCCUCCUUCAGCUGAGCUGCUCCUGGGUGCAGGGUCGCCAACAGGAAUAUGGGAAACGUACCAGGGAUCAAAUCCCUAAAGAAAAAAACGACUGUCCCACUGCUAAGAGAUUACAAACACAAACCUCCUCAGAAACGUACUGUCACCAUGGAGCGUCACUGUGGUCUAAUCACUGGUGACAUGGAGCCAGUACCACUGAAGAGCAUCUCAGUAACUUUAUCCAUCCAUGACUUUGUGGCUGGUGUGUCUGCAACCUUAAAUUAUGAGAAUGAGGAAGGAGUCCCAGUAGAGGCAAUCUUUGUGUUCCCUUUGGAUGAAGACUCUGCUGUCUACAGCUUUGAAGCCUUGGUGGAUGGGAAGAAAAUUGUGGCAGAAUUGCAGGAGAAGAUGCAGGCCCAUAGCAACUAUGAGGAUGCCCUCUCCCAGGGCCACCAAGCCUACUUAUUGGAAGAGGAUGACUACUCCAGGGAUGUCUUUUCUUGCAAUAUUGGGAACCUCCCGCCUGGGACUAAGGUGGGAGUCACCCUGAAGUAUGUACAGGAACUGCCUCUGGAAACAGAUGGUGCCCUGCGCUAUGUGCUCCCAGCAAUCUUGAAUCCAAGAUAUCAGCUCUCUGAACAGUCAGCGGGCAGUUUUUUAAAUAUAAAGGCUCCCAUAGUCCCUUUGGAGGACCUGCCCUACACACUCAACAUGGUUGCCACCAUCACUUCCCAGCAUGGCAUUGAGAGGGUCCAAUCCAACUGCUCCUUGAGUCCUAUCCAGUACCUUGCUAAUGACAAGACUUCUGCUCAGGUUUCCUUGGCUGAAGGACAGAAGUUUGACCGAGAUGUGGAACUCCUGAUUUACUACAGUGAAGUGCACAGCCCCAGUGUAACUGUGGAGAUGGGAAUGCAGGACAUGAAGCCAGAUAGCUUGAUGGGUGCUCCUUCUGCAAUGCUGAGCUUCUAUCCAGAUCUCCCAGAAGUGGAGGGGUCAAAGGCCUGUGGAGAAUUUGUGUUCCUCGUGGACCGCUCUGGAAGUAUGGGAUCCGGCUUGAGCUACCGUAAUGAUUCUCAGUCUCGCAUAGAGGCUGCCAAGGAAACUCUGCUGCUGUUGCUGAAGAGUUUGCCUAUGGGUUGUUAUUUCAACAUCUAUGGAUUUGGAUCUUCCUAUGAAAAAUUCUUUCCGGAGAGUGUGAAGUACACUCAGGAAACAAUGGAAAAGGCAGUGAAAAGAGUGAAAGAUCUGAAAGCAGACCUUGGGGGCACUGAAAUCUUGACACCACUCCUCGACAUUUACAAGCGACCCUCCAUUCCUGGCCAUCCCUUACAGAUUUUUGUCUUCACAGAUGGAGAAGUUAGUGACACAUUUAGAGUCAUUAAAGAAGUUGAAUUAAACAGCAAGAAGCACAGAUGUUUCUCAUUUGGUAUUGGAGAAGGAGCCUCCACCAGUUUAAUCAAAGGCAUCGCCCGGGUAUCUGGGGGCACUGCAGAGUUUAUCACAGACAAGGACAGGAUGCAGACCAAGGCUCUUGGGUCUCUGAAGUUUGCUCUAAACUGUUCAGUUGAUGACUUCUCUCUGAGCUGGGUUUUGCCUCCUGGUCUGUCAGCUAGCAUGAUUUCUCCAGAGCACACUGUCAUCUUUAAGGGUCAGAGAUUAAUCAUCUAUGCCCAACUCAAUGGGACUAUGCCUCAAGUGGAGAGCUCAGGAGAAGUGUGCCUCAAGUAUACCCUCCAAGGCAGGAGUCUUGAAAACAGGGUGACAUUUUUGCUACAACCCAAUACAAAUACCAGCUUCACCAUUCAUAGGUUGGCUGCAAAGUCCCUGAUUCAGAUGAAGGACUUGGGCUCUGCUGAGACAUCAAAAGGAGAAAAAGAGAAUGUGUUGAACAUCAGCAUUCAGUCUGGAGUCCUCAGCUCCUUCACAGCUUUCAUUGCUAUAAACAAAGAGCUCAACCAGCCAGUGCAGGGGCCUUUGGCUCACAGGGUGAUUCCAAGGCCAGUAACUUUUUCAAAUUCACCUUUUGUAUGUCAUCGUGGGUCUGCUGGUGACCUUUUAUUCGCCUGCCAAGCAUAUGAUAUUGUGGGAGAUACAGAGUUCAUGAGCAUGAUGAACACCUCAAUAUCCUCCACCAAGAAAACCAACUUGAAAAAUGAGCAUGAAGGUUUUCACGAAGUUUUUGGAGAAAAUGCUAUUCUGUACCUGAUUUCCCUCCAAAAGGCAAAUGGCUCCUGGGAGCUGGAUGAGGAUUUGACUAAGAUCCUGGGCACCAGUUUGGAAGACAUGAAGGCUGCAAAUCCUGCCAAGGAUGAAGACCCCUCAGCCUGGGCCACAGUGCUGGCUGUGCUCUGGCUGCAUGCUAAUGGCAAGGACAUGGAGUGUGAGUGGGAGCUUCUGGAAAGGAAGGCAGUGGCCUGGCUUCAUGACCAUGCAGACUCCUCCAUCCCCAUGCUAGUGCAAGCUGCCAAUAGAUUCCUGAAAUUGUCGGUGACUCCCGAUGUCUUUGUCUUCUGAAAAUGCAACCCAUGAAUUUCCUGGCUAUGAUUAAGUCCCUCCCUUGUUCCUUUGCUAAAAUAGAAUUUGGAUUUUAUUUUUAACUUUUUGCUUCUCUCAUAACAAUAAAGGCUAUCUGCACAGUC